UACCUACAUAUCUAGUGCCUUAGGUUAAGUAAAUCUCUCUUCAAUUUAUUUGUUAUUUAUUUAAGAGAAUAAAAUGUCAGAAAUUAUUGAAGAGGAAAGCACGACAAAUCUAAAAGAACAGAAUGAGACCAAGAUCACGGAAUAUUGCAAAAAGUGUGGAAAAGCAGGCAAUCCUUACGAUAAACCAAUGUUGCACUGCAGUGGAGGAUGUGACAGAAAAGUACACAUAGAAUGCUUAGAAAGAGGCAGCGUUCCAGCUUCUUUUAUAGGAGAUGUCUUCUUCGACUUUAAUUGUGCUUCUUGCAAUCCGUUAGAGGAAGAAAUGGUUGUACGCGAUAAAAUGCCAUGGCUCAAUGUGAUUAUUUUGACACUUUACAAUCUACGUGAAAAAUCAAGCGGUAUCAGCAAAAGAGGAUACUUUCAUUGGAAAUCCGACAUUAGUUCUUUUGUGGAGAGAAAUUGGGAUACUUUGUUCAAAAAGACAGUGAAAAAGAAGAAGAAUUGGAUUGGCACUAUAUCUGGCACAUUAUCCCAUUAUAGCGGAAUCUUUUUUAAGUCUGGCACUAGUGAAUUAGGGGAAUCUGGAUGGUGGAAACUCUUGGAUAAUGAUCCCCCUGAAAUUUUAAUCUCCAAAAAUAGCAAAAUGGUAAUGGAUAGAAAGAAAAAUAUUGGUCUAAAAUUAUCUUAUAAAUUAUCAUGUAGUCCUGCACUGUCAGAUUCCAGCAUCUCGGUUGGCGAUGAUAGCAAUUGCAGUAGUGAAUUAUUUAAAAACAAAAGCUCAGUAUAUUCUUAUGCAUAUGUUCAACCUACUGAAACACUAUCUGACUUUUUACUCGAAGAUGAUGAGCCAAACGAUAUGGAUAUGGAAGAUGAUAUAAUAUUGCGUAACGAGAAUAAUGUUCCAUCUAUCUCCGACUUAAUUCAAGACUGUCAAUACGAAAACAAUUUUCAUUUAGCACAACUAAUGUAUAAUUCCGAUUGGUCAUAUAAUAUGAGUACUUCACCACAUUAUACUGGUGAUGAAAUUAAAAAUGUUAAGGAAGAAGGAUACGAUGAUGACUGUAACGAUAGUCCUGCUUUCACACAGGAGCAGCUACCAGUUUCUUUGUUUAAAGAAGCAAAACCUCGUAAACGGCCUUGGUCUAAAUCAUUCCCUGCUACUAGUGAGAAAAUUUCACGUAUGACUCGUCAAGAAGAAGUAUAUUUGUUACAAAGAAUCAAUAAAACUGAUCUAAAUAAAGCACCGCCGGCUAUCAGAAGAUUGUACAGAAAAUUAGCGGUGCGAAAAACGAAGAGAGAUUACGGACUUCCUCUAUUAGACGUUGAUUGUUUUGGGUCUAAAUCUGAAACAUCCGUGAUACUAUCAAAAGACAAUAACAGAGUGUUGGAUCGAUUUUUUAGUGACGAUCUUGGGUGCAUCUUUGAACAAAGACUGCAGGGCUAUAACGAACCUACGUCUGUACAUAGUCCAUACACGAACAGAAUUUUAAAACCAUUUAUAAGGCGAGAUACUUCUUGCCAGCCAUUGUGGUUAAGACUUACAGACGAACUGUGCGCGAAAGUGAAUAAAAAUAAUCCACAGUGGAGACCGUCGCCUAGAUCACCCAUUGAUUAUUCUUACAUUCGACCGCAACACAUACCCGCAAUCAACAGUCUCUGUAAUCAAUUCUUUUGGCCUGGUAUAGAUUUGACUGAAUGUUUGCAAUAUCCAGACUUUACCUGCGUUGCGCUGUACAAAAAAUUAGUCGUGGGUUUCGCGAUAUUGGUACCGUAUGUCGGCUAUAAUGAAGCCUACAUCUCAUUCUUCCUGACACGUCCGGAAUGGCAAAAAUCUGGCAUCGGCACAUUCAUGCUGUAUCAUUUAAUACAGACCUGUAUGGGACAAGAUGUCACGUUACACGUAUCGGCUACUAAUCCCGCUGUGUUAUUAUACCAGAAAUUCGGUUUUAAGGUGGAAGAAUUUAUUCAAGAUUUUUACGACAAAUAUAUGCCGCCGAAUUCACGAGAAUGUAGACACGCUCUGUUUUUACGUUUAAGCAGAUGAUUGAAUAAAGUAAUUUCUUUAUAAAA